AUGGACGACGCGCCCCAGGCUUGGGCUUUCCCAUCACGUCUCUUCCUGGGAUCUGCGGCCGUGUUGGCUGUGUUUGCGACUUUCUCGCUUCACCACCCCCGGAAUGUUCGAUGGGCUUUCCAACUACAUCAUGUCGCUGUUCGAGAUCUCUUGGUGGACAGCACUGUGGCCUCGCUCGCCAUCAUCUCGGCGUUAUAUGUCAUGAGCGACAUACAUCCCAGCACGCUGGCGAUGAUUGUCACGGCCUCAGGGGUAUACGCUCAUCAGCUCUUCCGCAUGUUGCAGAUUGCCGCGCCGGCGGACGACUCCUUACCCUACAUGAUUGCAGGUGGUCUUACAAUAGCCGGCGUUGGUCUAUUGUUGCGCCAUGAAACGGACCUCACCGGCGCACCGUCGGGGGAUCCACGCCUGACGCGAUUCCUUACGGGGUGGUACGUCGUUCUCGUCGGCUUCCUAUGCGGCACCUACCUCAUCUUCUACCCGGACUUGGCAUCCUCCGACGUUCUCUCCUUCCGGGAUCUGCUUUCCGUCGCCAGCGCCGAGUCUGACGCUUGGGUUGCCGGAGCAAACCAGAGCAGGACUAUCGAGGAUGCUGUGGGUGAGUACCGUCGCCACUACGGUCUUGCCCCGCCCCCCAACUUCGACAAGUGGUUCGAGUAUGCGGUGGCCAGCGGCUCGCCCAUCAUGGACGAUUUCACGCAAAUCAACGACGAUAUGUUAACUUUCUGGGGCGUCGCGCCGGAUGUCCUACGGCAGCGGACGAAGCAUAUGCUGGAGAUACCGUGGCUCGGUAUGGGAGGUAUCCGGAUCCGCGGUGGUAAGGUUGAGGUUGCGCCCGGGGCACCGGGAACGCAUAUGUGGAUGAUGCGCUCGAUGCAGGACAUGAUUAGCGACUUUGCCGAGCACUUGCCCGACAUGGAUUUCGCCAUCAACCUAAACGACGAGCCUCGCCUGACCAUCCCGUUCGAGAAGAUGCAGCAACUGCAUACCACGGCCGCCAAGGCUAGAGCGAGGCUACUGCAACAGAACAAGCUCAAGCCGUUUGACAGCUCCAAGUCGCCGGUCUGGAGCGACGACGACACCACCGGAUCGCCACGUGAGCGGUCUCCGCACUUCCAAGACCGUAUCCGAGACCAGAUCUACUACGAAUUCAUCGCCCCCUCCUGCCCGCCCGACUGUCCUGCCCGGAACGAACGUUGGUGGAGCCGAAAAGAAGCAUGCGAAGAAUAUCUCCUCCCGCACGGAAUCCGCGUGUUCGAGGGUCUCGAGAACCCAGUGGUCUCCAACUGGACCGCGGCCACAGACCUCUGCCACCAGCCAGACUUGGCAUACCUACACGGGUUCCUGAUGUCUCCCGCGCCGGCCAUCUUCACCAAGGAGCCGUUUCCCGUAUUCAGCCAGAGCAGGACGUCCGCCUUCCAGGAUAUUAUGAUUCCGUCGCCCUGGAACUACGACGACAAGGCGCCGUACAACCAGGAUGAGGACGUCGAGUGGGAGUGGAAGAAGAAAACAAUGUUCUGGAGGGGAUCGUCGUCGGACGGGUACGCGGCAAGGGGCGCGUGGCAGGGGUUCCUCAGAGCACGGUUCGUCCAGGUUGCGAACGCGAUACAGAGCGUCUCCAAGUUCCGACAAGAAGAGCAACCGGCCUUUCGAACCCCUGAAGACGAGGUCGAUUUUGACGUGGGCUUCGUGGGCGACUUUGCGAAAUGCCACAGCAACGACUGCCAAAGCCAAAGAGACACCUUCUGGGGCGUUGGCGCGCACUCGUCCCCCAAGGACACGGUCGCCUUUGCCAAGCACUGGAAGUACGCGCACCUGAUGGACCUCGACGGCGCCGGGUUCAGCGGGCGCUUCAUCCCCUUCCUGCGGAGCCGCAGCCUCGUCUACCGCGCCGGGCUGUUCCGGACGUGGUUCGAGGAGCGGGUACACUCGUGGCGGCACUACGUCCCCGUCGACGUGCGGCUGCACGAGCUCAGGGGCCUUCUGCAGUACUUUGGAACCGAUGAUGAGGGGAGGCAAAGGGCGCGGGAGAUUGCGGAGGAGGGGCGGGCGUGGGCGGCGAAAGCGCUGAGGAGAGAAGAUAUGAGGGUGUACAUGUUCCGGCUGUUGCUGGAAUGGGGGCGGGUCGUGGAUGAUGCGAGGGAGGAGCUUGGGUUUUCGGUGGCUUGA